UCAACACAUUUUAAUAAUGAUUUGAAAUCUUGAUACCACACUCCCGGGACCACACUGCAAUCGAAAGACGUCACUUCAAAGCUAACGUGGGAUUCCCGGGAAUAAUUGAAUUCAGGAUGUGGACAAAAGCGCACCGAACGAACUGUUACGCAGAUAUGCAAACAGACUGACAGUUUACAAGACAAACGACGAAAGAUUAACAUUGGUUUGAAGAUGUAAUUGUCUCAGGUUGAGAUCAUCGUGACAUGGGGCUUAAUAUACAGGAGUCACUUCUAAAGAAACAUGACAUUAUUAUCCCUCCUAUGGCUGCAAGAGGGACAGUUGAUGCAAGGGGUACAAUCGACACCAGAUCAACAGGUGAAGCUACAAUAACAAAGGAAAGAAUUACUCUCUCCAACAAGCAUGAUAAAAAUCACCAUGAAGAUGAACAUAAAAUUAAUGAAAAGGUCCCUCGCCAUUGGAAAGUGUUCACAUCUCUACUGGCAGGAUCUGUAGCUGGAGCAGUGGCCAAGACAACUAUAGCACCCUUGGAUAGGACCAAAAUUAAUUUUCAAGUGAACAACAAGCCAUACUCGUUGCAUGCAGCAUUCCGGUUCCAAUUCCGCACAAUCAAGAAUGAAGGUCUUCUAAAGUUAUGGCGUGGAAACACUGCUACUGUUGCUCGUAUAGUGCCAUAUGCUGCCAUACAGUAUGCCUCUCACGAACAGUGGAAACAAUUGCUCAUGGUCAAUAAUGAAAGGGUUCUUCCUCCUGGACGUAGGUUUAUAGCAGGAUCCCUAGCAGGUGUCACAUCUGUCACAUUCACUUAUCCCUUAGAUAUGGUACGUGCCAGAAUGGCAGUCACUUUAAAAAAUAGAUACACCAAUCUGCCAGAUGCUUUUGUGAAGAUCUAUCGUGAAGAAGGUGUCAGGACAAUGUACAGGGGAUUCUCACCAACAAUCUUAGGAAUCAUACCAUAUGCUGGGGUCAGCUUCUUCACAUAUGAAACACUCAAGAAAAGGCAUGCAGCUGAGUCAGGUAACAGAUCUCCGUCCCCCCUAGAGAGGCUGUGUUAUGGUGCAAUUGCAGGCCUCCUGGGUCAGACAUCUUCCUACCCCCUGGACAUUGCCAGACGCAGGAUGCAAACUGCCGGUGUGACGGGUCGUAGUGCUGAUUACACAAGUAUUGCAAAGACAAUAAUGCUAGUCUAUAAACAUGAAGGAAUAAAAGGGGGUCUUUACAAAGGGCUCAGCAUGAACUGGAUCAAAGGACCAAUCGCUGUAGGAACUAGUUUCGCUACAUUCGAUAUUGUGCAAACAUACCUCCGGAAAAUACCAAUUUUCCACCUGAACGAUUGAGAUUUGGAAAAGUUAGAAUUAAUAUGUGAUUAUUUGUACAAAUGUUCCAACGUGUCAAAGGAUGAAAUGUAAAUGCAUGUAUAGCUCUUAGGGGUCCCAUGAUUACUCAGUAUACCAUUGGUCAAUUGCGUGAACAAAUAUCAUCAGUAUUCACCUAGAAUAUUGGGAAAUGUAUGUUACAUUUCUAUUGACUGAAAACAAUGAAAUCAUGUUAAAAGCUUCUUGGAAUAUCAUCUCAUUUUAAUCACUUCAACGAGCAUUUCCUUGUAAUUCUGUUUCAUAAUUUCCUCUUUCAAAAACGGAAAAUGAUCUUUUUCAGUAUAUUUAUAGCUAUUGAUAAAAUAUCAUUAUUUUCUAAAAUACAAUGUAUUAUGAAAUAUAGCUACAUGUUACUUGUUAUUAUUUCUUGUGUUGUUUGUAUUAUUGCAUGAGGUAAAUGAUAUUGCUGCUUGUAUCAGAUUUAAAAAUUGUGUAUCAUUAGACCCCUAAGAGAGUCCACUUUUCACUUUGUGAAUACAAUGAUCUUGUGUUCAUAGUGGUCACUGUGAAUACAUCUCUUUUAAUCGCACCUUUGGGUGCUAUAUUGUGUCGUGAUCAGUUUUAAUUACUAUUUCCAUCUGAAGGAACCCUGAAUAAUGGUCAGUUGGAUGUUGUUUGGUGGUCAGUGGUCGGCAUCUGUAGCAAAUGGCAGUUGGUGACAUUUUGCAUGCUAAUGCCUUUUUUAUUUUAUUAUGUGUGUGAUUAACUCAAAGGUGCUAUUUGAGA